AUGGACACGCCACAGCUGCAUCGACCACUUCCUCGCAGAGCUUUCGACCUCACUCCGAUUUCUGCUGAUUCGUCCAAGCCUCCUUCGCCAGCAGCAGAGGCUCAGAACGCUGAGCUUCUGAUGAACGAUCGAUCUGAACUUAGCCCUCCUCCCAGCCGCACACGAUCCAUCCUGAAUCUAACCUCUUCAACCUUGUUGGGUAUAUACUCGAACGCUACUGAUGGAGGAAGAGGAGAUGAGCUGAAUACACCUUGGGGCACUGGAGCUCAAACUCCCAGCUUGAGCCACAGACAAAGCGCUGAUGUUGAUCGACUACAAGUCCCGUCUUUCCCUUUCAGCAAUGAGACUUCUCGGAAACCAGUAGUGCGUAAGGCACCGAAGAAGACUGUUAAGAACUUCUAUCUUCCUUUGCUCACUCAGACUAUCAUGCUCUUCGCCUUUGGUCUGGGCUUCGGCUCCCUGCUCACACAUCUACACAAAACACAGCAAAUCACCCCGAUGCCUGUACCACGCGGUGGUACAAACUCGAGACACUAUCAGAUUGCUUGGGGUAUACUAGGAGUAAUAUUGGGAAAUGCACUACCACAACUGGACUCUCUUCUGGACGAUGACGACGCCAUUACUGGUGGCUUCGACACUAAGACAACCCAGUAUCAACAUAUUCGAUCAUUGUCCGGCACUUCCCAAUCUGGCAAGGAGAGACCUUCACUUACUGAUAAUGGUCUCGGCCCCAUGUGGUAUUCAGCUGUCCGAAGUGUCGGAGCUUUUGCUGGGAUCGCUUUUGCAUUGCGAAAAAUCCCCUGGCAGUCAACUUUACAGGUUUCAUUGACUCUAGCUGUUGCGAACCCAGUUUUGUGGUACUUGAUCGACCGAUCGAAGCCCGGUCUUGCAUUGUCCCUCCUUGUGAGUGUAGCAGGCACAUUCCUGUCCCUGUUACUCAACCCUUCAUUUGUGCCGGUACCGAACAUCUACCAAGAGCAUGCUUCGGAGAAGCUGGGAGUAUUUCUGUGGCUAGCCAGCAUACUAUUCUGCACUAGCUUGUGCUUUGGAGCUAUUGGUAGACGAUUGCAACUGUAG